AUGGAUUCUUCGAAUUCGUAUCUCUCUAAUACAAUCCCAAUUGUUUCCACUUUUACAUCCCCUUUUGAGAACUCCCCUCGAGCCGACGGUUCAAAUUCCUCAGUCCGAAAGCCUCUUAGCUUGUGGCCUGGAAUGUAUCAUUCACCUGUGACAAAUGCUUUGUGGGAAGCGAGGGCUAAAAUCUUUGAAAGACUUCUUGACCCAUCAAUUGAUCAUCCUCCACAAAACGAAUUGCUCACGAAAACUCCCUCACAAAGCCGGACUACGAUUCUUUAUAACUUUUCGACUGAUUAUAUACUGAGAGAACAGUAUAGAGAUCCGUGGCAUGAGGUUAGAAUUGGGAAAUUGCUUGAAGAUCUCGAUGCUCUUGCUGGUACCAUUUCAGUCAAGCACUGCUCUAAUGAUGACAGCAUGCCGAGGCAGCUCUUGCUUGUCACUGCUUCUGUUGACAAGAUGGUGCUGAAGAAGCCAAUCAGUGUUGACGUUGAUCUGAAAAUUACCGGUGCUGUUAUAUGGGUUGGGCGGUCCUCAAUUGAAAUUCAACUGGAGGUUACUCAGUUUACAAAUGGUAUGUUUUCUAGAAGUGAUAGUAACACUUCUGUAUCAUUGGUGUUAUUUAAAGAAGAACAAAAGGUCUCAUGUUUGGCUUAG